CAAACCAAAUCAACCAUACAAAAAAUCUCAUCUUAUUUCAUUUUCUUCUCCUUCUUUGCCUCCAAAUUUUCAAACAACAAAAUUAACCAAUUUCCCUCUAAAUCCUAUAUAUCAAUAUUUGUCGCAAUGGCAACAUUUACUCAAAAAAUGGCAAUACGUUAUAUUCUUCUAGCAUUUUUUCUCUAUACAGAUACUGGAAUUUUCGCACGUGUUGCGUCGUUUGGAAUAAACUAUGGACAAGUAGCUAACAAUUUGCCACAACCAGAAAAAGUACUAGAACUUCUCAGCACCUUAAAGAUCACAAAAACAAGAAUCUACGAUACGAAUCCACAGAUUCUUAAAGCUUUCGCCAAUUCAAACGUGGAAAUCAUCGUAACAAUUGAAAAUCAAAUACUAAACCAAUUAAAUGAUCCACAACAAGCACUUCAAUGGGUAAAUACCAAUAUCAAACCAUAUCUUCCAGACACAAAGAUCACUGGAAUUCAAGUAGGGAAUGAAGUUUUCACAGAACUCGACACAACCCUAAUUCAAUAUCUUGUUCCAGCAGUGAUCAACAUUUACAAUGCUCUAGUUCAAUUAGGUUUGAACACAAACAUUCAUGUGUCAACACCUAGUUCAUUAGAAGUUCUUGAAGAAUCUUACCCUCCUUCAGCUGGUAGUUUCAGAAGUGAAAUCUCUGAAAUCAUGAAGGAAUUUUUGAACUUUUUGUCAAAAACAAAAUCACCCUUUUGGGUCAAUGCUUAUCCUUAUUUUGCUUAUAAGAAUGACCCUAAUCAAAUAUCUUUAGACUAUGUAUUAUUUAAUCCUAACCAAGGAAUGGUUGAUCCUAAUACAAAUUUACAUUAUGAUAACAUGCUUUAUGCUAUGGUAGAUGCUGUUACAUUUGCAAUUGCUAAAUUAGGUUUUAAUGGGAUAGAAGUUAGGGUUUCUGAGACUGGUUGGCCAAGUAAAGGUGACUCUGAUGAAAUUGGUGCAUCAUUGAAAAAUGCUGAAAUUUAUAACAAGAAUUUAUUGAGGAGACAAAUGAAGAAUGAAGGGACACCUUUGAAUCCUAGAAUGAGAUUGGAAUCAUAUUUGUUUGCAUUAUUUAAUGAAAAUAUGAAGAAUGGACCAACCUCAGAGAGGAACUAUGGUUUAUUUGAGCCUGAUGAAAGUAUGACUUACAAUGUUGGGUUGUCUUCUUUUGCAAAGUCAUCAAAUCCUUCUACUUCAAUUUCUCUUACCUCCUCUGCCACUAGGACAAAGCAGGCCUCACAAAAGGAAAACCAAAGCUUAUUCCACUGGAUGUUUGUGUAUUUGCUGAUUUCAUCACUUUGUGCCUUUGUUUAAGAAGACUAUUUAUAACACUGUGGAGUGAUUCAUUUGUACAUAUUAUUAUUUAAAACCAAGUGUUGGGAUUUUUAUAUCAUUCAAAUUGCAAAAUGGUGACACCUUAAAGUAUAUUAUCAAGCAUAUGAUAUUAUAUAUUAAAGGUAACCCUGUUUUGCAGAAAUUGAGGCUAACACGCUUUCAAAUCCAUGGGGCAACGAAAUCAGUGGAAGACGAAGAGACAUAGAAACUCAAUGAAGAUUACCACCUUCAGUGGCUAUAUAUAUAUAUUUACUUUAACAUGUCACAUUACCCUACCAUUAGUCACAUUCCAGCAACAUGCAUGUGGCGGUGACGUUAGAUUGUGCUUAUUUUAGGUAGAUAAGGACCAAAUGCCACCUCAUUCUUUCAUUGUUGUAGAAGAAUGUUUCAAUUUAGUUUCCUUAAUUGUCAAAAAGGAAAUAUGUUGUUUUGUAUAUUGUUGAUUUUGUAGAAUUAAUUUCAUAUAGUAAAAAUAAAUAUAAGUUGUUGUUGGUUAAGGAUAAAGUAUGAGGCUAGAGUUGUCAACCUCAUGCAUCAUCUUAUUGGAUGUUAUGAAAAGCCCCUAUUUUAUGGGACGUGGAAUCCAUUCAUUAUUAUUUGUGUGUGUA